CUUCCUAAAAGGCAAAUGGGCAAUUUCUUCUUCUAAAAUUCGUAAUCCGAAGAGACUAGGAUUUGUGCUAAAUAAAUAAAUCAUGAACUCCAAUUUUUAAACUAUCUGUGCGAAUUUUAUUUUAGGCAAUUUCUUUCUAAUAAAGGGGCAAUUUUAUUUUAUCUUAAAUUCGUAAUCCUAAUCCCUCGGAGCCGGACGUACUAGGAUUAGGAUUUGUGCUCCUUAAUCCAGGGCCGGCGACAAUAAAUUUCGUCGAUUCUUACUUCAAUUCUUUGAUCCAUCAAUCUUACUACGCAUUAUAUAUAUAGAGUGAUGCUCCGACGCGCGGCAGCGACGGGGAACUACCUUUGUGGUAUGAUGUGGAACGUGGAGGAGAUAGAUACAGAAGAUGUUCCUGGUCUUCAAAGGUCUCUGGUGAGGAUAUAUAUGAAAGAUGGGUAUGCUUCGUGUGCUAAAACAUGGUUUCUGGACCGUGAAGAAAGCGGCAGGAAGAAGGAAAUUCUGUAUAGGUUUGAGAAGUGCGUUGACGUGAGCGGUGAAUGUGCUUGGACUAGUGACUUGGAGAAGAUUCUCCGGGAAGGAUCUGAAGAGGAAGAAGAACUCAUGACUUUAUUUACGGAUAAAGUACUCUCCCCCUUCCACCAAUUUGUCGACGGAAAAGGGCUCAAGAACUUCGCAAGUUUUUUUAUAAAGGGAUGUCGUGAUCGGCUUAUUCCUCUCGUCAAUCACAACUCUAACUCAAAGCUAUACUCGAUUAGCCUGGGUUUAUCUCUAGAGCUCUCCGUAACUGUGGGGGUAAAGGCAUGGACCUGGUUUGAAGAGUAUAAUUUUGGGUUUAAAGGCCUGGAGCAACCGCCGCCUGGUAUGCUUGAUUACGAUCAUACAUCUCCAAUGCCUCUGCCGAGGAUAGUGGGGGAUGGCUACGGUUUCUUCCAACUUGGCGGCGGUGGUGGAAAUGAGGAUGAAGAAAAAACAUGUGCCAUUUGUUUCCGCAAGUACGAACCGCAGUGCCUAGUGAUUCGCCUCCAAUGUGUGGAUGAGCUUCUCCCCGAGCAUCGCCGCAAGGUCGAAACCGCAACAACAGCAAUGUUGCUGCCAUGUAAGCACAUAUUCCAUGCAAAUUGCAUUGCGGGCUGGUUUCGGGUUUCAGAUGAUCUAGCACCCAACAAGCCGCUAUCACGUAAUAAUACUUGCCCUCUAUGUAGGUUUGCGAUCCCCAGCCACUAUUUCAUCUUUUCUCUUGCACGUUGUUUUCCUCUGAAGAGUGUGAGGUUCAAGAAGAAAUUCGAGGGUACUUGGGAAUGAACCAGGCCGGGCCACCAAGUCCAUUGGGAUGAAAACAUCUUUCUCGCGUACGCCAAAAGAUGUCUCAUCUCCGAGUUUGCUGCUCAAAUGCCAACUGCAAAGAACCCAAAUCUGUCUCCUUGUCCUAAUAAUGACCCAACUGGAGGUGAUAGUAAGGUAUAUUUAUUCAUUUUGUAACUCAG